AUGACCGGCGUCCUGCAGCAGCUCCGAUGGUGGCAAGGCGGAGGAGGGACCAAAUCGUCCCUCGCAUCCCGCCCCGGCUCUGACAAGGACCCUCGCGCGCCCGCGCCAGCUGCUGCGGCGGGCCCGCAGCAGCCCGCGCGCGCGCAGGCCGCGCCCGCCGCCGAGGACGUCCUGCUGUCGCUGCCCUCCGACCUCUACCCCGCGGCCUCCCUCCCUGAAUGCCCAGAG